GUCGUGUCAUAUGUAUAUAAUUAAUAUUAGUAAUGUUAAUUUAGAAAGAAACUGGUAUGAGUAUGUAUAUUUCACCGAAUUGAAUAGAAAUUUAAAAUUUAAAUUAGAUUCAGGUGCUCAAUGCAAUGUAAUAUCCGCAAAUGAUUGUUACAGGUUAGGUAUAAGUAAAUUUGAAAAAUCUAAUUGUAAACUGACUAGUUAUAGUAAUAAGAAAAUAGAAACUUUGGGAAAGAUUAAAUUAUCAGUAAAAAUAAAUGAUCAGAUUCAGAAAAUAGAAUUCCAGGUUUGUAAAGGUAAUUAUAUACCUAUUUUAGGUUUGCCUACUUUAAUAAAAUUUAAAUUAAUUCAGAGAACAAAUAAUGAGAAUAUUAGCAGUGUUCAGACAGAAAAGUUAGAACUAUUAGAGAAAUAUAAAGAUGUUUUCAAGGGGAUAGGUGAAAUAAAAGAUUAUGAAUAUGAUAUUCAGUUAAAAGAAGGUUGGCAAGGAAAAAUUGAAAGAAAUAGGCAUAUACCAUUUAAAUUGAAAGAUAAAUUAAAGGAAGAAUUAAGUAAAUUAGAAAAAAUAGGAAUAAUAAGUAAGGCAGAAGGUCCUACAGAUUUUGUAAGUUCAUUAGUUAUGACAACUAAACCAGGUGGGACAAUGAGAAUUUGUUUAGAUCCACAAUAUUUAAAUACUCAGAUUAAAAGAGAACAAAUGAUGAUACCUAAUGUUGAUGAAAUAAUAGCCAAGUUAAAGGGAAGUAAUUAUUUUAGUACUUUAGAUGCGAAUAAAGGAUUUUGGAUGAUAAAAUUAACAAAUAAUAGUAAAACUUUAACAACAUUUAAUACCCCAUUUGGAAGAUUUUAUUUUAAUAGAUUACCUUUUAGUUUAGCUUCAAGUCCAGAAGUUUUUCACAGAAUAUUUAGUGAAAUAUUUAAAGAUAUUGACGGAGUAGAGUUAUAUAUUGAUGAUAUUUUAAUUCACGCGAAAACAGAAGCAGAACAUGACAGAAUAUUAGAACAGGUACUUAAGAAAGCACAGGAAUAUAAUAUAAAAUUUAAUAGGAAGAAGUGUAAUUUUAAAAAGAAAGAAGUUAAAUACCUAGGACAUGUCUUAACAACAGAAGGAAUUAAGAUAGAUCAGAACAGAAUAAAAGCUAUAGUAGAGAUGAAAGAACCGAAAACUCAGAAAGAAAUAUUAAGAUUUUUAGGAAUGAUUAAUUAUGUGGCAAGAUUUAUUCCCAAUGUGUCUGAGAUAACAGCACCAUUGAGGCAAUUGAUUAAGAAAGAUGUACCUUUUUUGUGGUCAAAAGAACAAGAUAAAGCUUAUAAGACUUUGAAAAAACUAUUAAUUGAGCCACCAGUUUUGAGUUAUUUUGAUAUGAAUAAACAGAUAGUACUAAGUGUAGAUGCUUCUAAAGCAGGAUUAGGUGCAGUUAUUUUACAAGAAGGAAAGCCUAUAGCUUAUGGUUCGAGGGCAAUGACAGAAACAGAAAUACAAUACAGUCAGAUUGAGAAAGAAUGUUUAGCAAUUUUAUAUGGAAUAACCAAGUUUCAUCAGUAUUUGUAUGGAAAUCAAUUUAAAGUAGAGACAGAUCAUAGGCCACUAGUAUCAAUUUUUUCUAAACCAUUAAAUAGAUGUCCAGCUAGAUUGCAAAAGAUGAGAAUGGCUUUACAACCAUAUUCAUUUGAGUUAAAUUAUAAACCAGGUAAAGAACUUUUGGUAGCAGAUCAUUUGAGUAGAUCACAUUUAUUAGAAACAGAAGAAAAUUCAGAUUUAAAAGUAGAAACACAUGUAGCCAUGAUUAUGGAAAGUUAUAGAAUAUCAGAUAAAAAACUUGAAGAAUUAAUAUUAGAAACAGCAAAAGAUGAGGAAUUAAUGGCAGUAAAUAAAUAUAUAAUGGAAGGAUGGCCAGAAAAUAAGUCACUUAUAGAUAGUAAAGCUAAAAUUUUUUAUAGUUACCGAGAUGAGUUGAGUAAUAUUAGAGGAUUAAUUGUAAAAGGUAGGAAUAUAGUAAUACCACAGUCAAAAAGAAAGGAAGUAUUAGAAAACAUACAUUAUGCACACUUAGGCAUAGAAAAAAGCAAGGUGUUAGCAAGAAAUACUGUAUUUUGGCCAAAUAUGAAUAAAGAGAUAGAAGAUUUAAUACAAAAUUGUGACACUUGUAAAAGUUUUCAGAAUGCUAAUAAGAAAGAAUCUAUGAUUGAGAAGGAAAUUCCACAAAGACCAUGGGAAAUUUUAUCUAUAGACAUAUUUUUUCUAUAUUCUAAACCAUACAUAUUGCUUGUCGAUGCAUAUAGUAAGUACGUGGAAAUACAACCAUUAAAUAAUUUAUAUGCAACAAGUACUAUUGACAGUAUUAAAGAAAUCCUAGCAAGACAUGGUAUUCCAGAUAUAGUUUAUACAGAUGCAGGAACCCAAUUUACUAGCUUUGAAUUUAAAACUUUUUCUAAAGAAUGGAAUUUUAAACAUAAGGUAAUAAGUCCAAAACAUCACCAAGGGAAUGGAUUAGCUGAAAGAUAUAUACAGACUGUUAAGAAAUUGUUAAAAAAGCUAAUUUAUGAUAAGAAAGAUAUUUACUUAGGUUUGUUAAUGUAUAGAAACACUCCUGUAAACACAGAUGGAAAAUCACCUUCAGAAUUAUUAUUCAAUAGAAAUAUUAAAACAAUUUUGCCAAAAUUAGAUUUAAAACAGGAAAGAAAGGAUAAAUAUAGACAAGAACUUUUAAAUAAACAGGAAAUUCAGAAAAAGUACUAUAAUAGAGGAAGUAGAAAUUUACCAGAAUUAAGAGAAGGAGAAAUUGUUAAAAUACAGGACGAGAAUUGCAAGAAACCUCAUGAGAGUGGUAUAGUGUUAGGUAAAGGAAGUGGUCCUAGAUCAUAUCAAGUAAGGAAUGAAUCAGGAAAUAUUUUAACUAGGAAUAGGAGAAUGUUAAUUAAAGGAGGAAAGUAUUAUGACAAGAGCAGGGUAGAAGAUCAAGGAAAUUGUGAAGAGAGUGAAAGACAAGAAGUAGAAAGACAUAUGAUUCAAGAUCGGAACAUACAAAAUAAUGUAAUACCUAGAGAGAACUAUGAUGGUUCUUCAGGACAAGUAAAUUAUAAUAAUGAUACAUAUGGUAGUAAAACAUCAAGAUCAGGUAGAUUGAUUAAAAGACCAAGUUAUCUUAAAGAUUUUGUUUAAUUCAUAAGUACAUGAAUACUGAAUAGUUUAAUAAGUUUGUAUCUUCAUAUAACUAAUUGUAACUAAAAACAAAAUAAAAUAAGUCUUCAUACCUUGUUUAUAUAAAGCUAACAUUAAUAAAAAAUUGUUUUUAUAAUAAUUUUGUUAUAUUAUAUUAUAUAUAGUUAUAGUUUGGUUCAUAUGUAAUAAUGUGAAUAUGUUUGUUAGUAAUUACUUAGCUUGAAAAGUAACUUGAAUUGUAAACUUUAAUGUUCCUAGAGUAAGUACAAAAGUCAGUGUAGUUCAUUAUAAAUUAAUCUCAAGUAAAUAAUGUAAAAGGGAAGGAUGUUAUAUACAUGUUAGUCGAUGGUUAAAUAUUGUCUACAGUUUAUAGUUUGUGGUAUGACAUUAAUCUAGAGACUUCGGUACAACUACAGAGUGAGCACUGACUGUAGGAUUAAGCUUGUACCUAAUGUAAGUUUAAUUAAAACUAAUAAAUCUCUUGAAGACA